CUCCCUCGAUCACUUCAACCCUUCAUUGCUGUGAGGAAAAAAACACGGGGACCCUUCUGCAGUAUUUACACGGAGCGCUUUUCGAAAGCCAGCCUUUGUGCAUUGCGAAAUUGCAGUUCUUUGCCUCGAAAAAACGUUGCUGGUUCCAAAGUUUGUUGCUAAUUGUCGUUCUCUUGUUCGAACAUGGCAACAUCGAUCAGUAUGGACGAGCCAAUCAAUACCAGCUUGUCUUCUGCGGAACAGGACACCCGCGAUGCCUGCACGGACGACGAGGAACAAGGGGACGGGAAUGCGACGUGGUAGGCAUGGCGCUGGAAGCAGAGCUCGUUCGCCAGGCCCGACCACAGCUGCGUGACCUGGGCCGCCUCCUCCCCCUCCCGGGCGAGGCUCGCUCCCACCGGCGCGAGGGUAUCCGGAUCGCGCAGCAGAAACGGGAGGCGGCAGCACUUUCCCUUUCGUCCGCCGCACCUCGGGCGCACACAGAUUCCCAUCCAGCACGUGUCGGGUCGCAGGAGGAACCUGGGCGUUCGGUAUGGGUCCAGGACGACGAAUUUCGGCACAAAGAUGCACCGGUCGCAGACGUAUCUGGUUUCCCCCAGGUACCGUCCCUUGCCGUCCAUGGUUCGGAGGUAGGGCGAAUGGUUCGGGCAGCAGCAGCAAUUGGUGGGGCAGGUAUUGUUUUUUUCGUGGAUGGCAACAAUGUCUCGCUUUAGGUCUUCCUCCGCCAGAAAGGAACUCGAAGGGGUGUCUUGGAUGAAGCAGAACUGCCUGUCUUCGAUUCCGAGGGACGAAGGCGGCAGGCCCGCGUGGUGCACGAAUCUCGUCUUUCGUGUGCCGGGACAGCCGCAGCAGCAGCGCUGGAAAAAGGUCGCUUCCUCGUGGAUCCAGCCACCCACGCUGGGCAGCUCGAAGGGAUUCAUCGCGCCGGCGGAGAAGGACGAGCCGGAUGCCUCCGGAAGCUCGUAGUUGGACGAGUCCAGCAAGACCCAGUUGAUGGAAGGRGUGCAGCAGCCCUUCCGCAAACAAACCUGCGUCGUUUGCGCCACGACGAGUUCGUCGAGGGAUUCCAGCCGACGCAUCGUUAUGCUCUCCGGAGCAGCCGUCCCGUAAAUCCGUGUGUAAUCAUAGCUGUCGUCCAUUGUCUUGUCUUGCGAAGGAUGCACUCUACUAUGUUCUCUUCUCUUUCGGAGCUCUGUUUGUUCGGUAGCUGCUUGGUUGGCGUAGGUGUGAAGGUGAAGGAACAAUGUACUUUCACUUUGAUAAGACUUAAUUGUUCUUCGUAUGUUUGUUAGAUUUUUCUAGAUUCUACGGUAGAUUUCGGUUUCGGGAUUCCAGAUUUCGGGACUGGAAUGGAGGUAGGAUAUGCAUACCCGUACCAGAUGUUCCUUUCUGUUCCCGACUUCUCGGACAUUCGUACGAGUUACCGUACGUACUUUACGUACGGAACACAAUGCCGGUCCGUGAAACGAGAUUGCUGUUGCAAUCAUCCUACCGUACGUCAUGCCGGUCCAAACUCCUCUAUAACACAGUACCAAGUACAACAGCAACUUCGAUUGUGGUUGUCGCCAUCAUCGAUACGGUAAUCGAUAGGGCAGAUGGCUCCUCCCCCCUCUGGAAAGACCAAGCCGGAAAGCAGCGAAGCGACCACGACCUCCUUCCUACAGCCCACGCACACGCACACAACAACGCGUACACGUACCGCCAUGGCCACCCGACCGAAGGACAGGAGCAGAACAAGAACGCUGGUGUGCCUGUCCCUCUUUGUCCCCGCGAUCGUCUUCUUCGAUGUGUUUGUUCUCUCCGUCACGAGCUCGAAGCUCCGGCUGGGUGAAAGCCAUGCCUACCAGAACGAACCGGUGCACCACCACCUAGAAACACGGCUCGUGGGAGGAGAAACGUGGGGCACGAAUUUCCUGAGGGGCACCGGCGGCGGCACCGACGACAACAAAGACAACAACAUCAACGACAACAACAACGACGACGACACGCCCCCGCCCCCGCAAGUAAGCAAGCGGCUGCACAAAAUGCAGGAAGAACUCUUCGAGAAGGCACUAAGGGCUCCAAAGGGGGACCACGCUGGUGCGAAUGGGAAGACGAACCUCGAGCCACGCUCGGUCUUUGCCGAAACCCCGCCCGACCAGAAGGUCGACUUCCAACCCCCGGUGCUCCCGCUUCCCAGCGUGUCUUCCGCCGUGAGCAGCGGCAGCGGGGUCGUCCUUCUCGUCCCCAGCCACCAGGGGAGUUUCGUGAAACGCCAGGCCAUACGAGAAACCUGGAUGGCCGCCGCAAAGGAACACGGGUCGGGGGCAACGAUCCUCUUUGUCAUUGCCCAGUCGAGCUGUCGGGACUUCGAGGCGGACUUUGAAAGGACCACCCGUGGCAAAAGUGCGACCGGGCCGACCUGCGCCGAGGCCGAGCACAACUUUCUGAGAAACGAACAAAGGGAGUGGGGGGACCUGCUGGAGAUCCCGAUGGAGGAGAGCUACGAGCGCCUGUCGGAAAAAAUGGUCCAGGCCUACCACUGGGUCCUGGAGAACAUCCCCACAACCCGGUGGAUCGCCAAGGCCGACGACGACAUGUUCGUCCGGGUCAACCAGCUCGAAAAGUACCUCCGCAGGUUCAACCACGAGGUCCCCGUGGUCCUCGGCGAGAUCGUCCACCGCUCGCCGGUGGCCCGGUCGGGAAAGUGGGCGGAGGAUCCGAGCUACAAACCCAACGUCUAUCCCAACUGGCCCAAGGGGAGCGCCGGCCACGUCCUGAGCAAGGCCGCCGUCGAGUACGUGGUGCACCACUCGGGAUCGCUGCACCGGUACCAGGGGGAGGACACGAACCUCGGCAUCUGGCUGGACGACGCCUGGAAGAAGGGAGCCCUGGAGGACCUGGCCCUGGUAGACGCCAGGAAAAUGUUUGGGAGCUCGGGGAAAGCGAACUGCGAGUUUGGUUCCUUCCUCAUCGUCGGGCACGAGCUGACCCCGGAAGACCUUUUCGAGUGCCAGAAGAAGACGCACUACGGAAGCAAGGCUGCCUUUCUAGGGGUGUCCUGGACGGAGAGGCCCGCUCCCACCUAGCGAGCGAUGCGAUUCCUGCGCUGCGCUGCUGCGUUCUUGCAUGCACACCAAGGGGACCGCCGGCCCCGGGCCUUUUGAGAACCGUACGGUACGACAGAAUUCGAAGCAAACAAACAAACCCAAAUGGUUUCCAACCAACCAACAAAUACACAAAUGCCUUGGAAUCGUUGCCCGCAGCUUGUGCAUCGGCACACCGGUUCCCUGGACACAAACAACGAUGGGCGAUUCGCAAACGCCAGCGAACAAUCGCUGGAGUGUGUGUCUGCGAGCAAAGCAAACGAAAGAAAGCACUUGUUGCUUUUCUCGACCCGGGCGCUACGGCAACGGCCACCAUUCCGCCAAACAACGGUUUUGGGUCAAGAAAUCCAACCGAAAGGGCAGGAACGAACAGCGAGGCAGGAAUGCAGACAUUCGGUGCGGAGAACCGGAGAGAUGACAUCGCAGUAGCUCCUUCUAUAUAUAAUACAUGUAUAAUAGAAUCAAGCGGGUGUA